AUGGUAUCCACAUUGCCAGUUCAUUGGCGAAGAGAGACUGGACUGCCACACGGCUCGGAAGUCAAGAAAGCUCUCUGGAUGAUCCCUGAUGAAGGCGGUCUCGACUUACCCAUCGCAGGAAGCUUCGACGAGUUUGGUUUCAGCGACAGCGGCAGGAUAAUGCUGAGAGGGUUUAUCGUUUCCUUUGGCGGUAUCCGUCGGCUCAGGAACCGGGUUGUCAGCGCUGGGCAUGUUACGUGGUGGUCCUGGUUGAUCUCCAUGCCGUCAUACCGGCUGCCCCCCACUGUAUGCCUGUUAUAA